UCGUGCGAUAAUAAAUUCAUAAUUAUCGGAAAAAUAUUUCAAUAUUUACGCCCUAAACGAGUUUGGAAAUCCGCAGAAAAAGCAAAAAUGGUUAAUCCAGCAGAAUUCGUGAAGAAGGCAAUUGAAGAAAAUGAAGUGAUGAUUUUUUCAAAAAAUGGCUGUCCAUAUUGCAAGAAAGCAAAAACGAUCUUCGAGAAAUUGAAUAAAAAAUUCAAAGCCGUGGAAAUUGACGAAAUGGACGAGUGCGAUGAGAUUCAAGAUGUUUUAGGAUCAUUAACACCGGCGCGAACUGUUCCAAGAGUUUUUGUUAAUGGAAAAUUUAUCGGCGGCGGCAGCGACGUCGAAAGUAAAUACAAAAGUGGAGAACUUCAAAAAAUCUUAGGUUGUUAAACAACAAUUGUUAAUUUAUUCAUAUUUUCUUUUUCUUAAAUUCACUCAUUCCUUUAAAAACAA